GAAAAUGAAACGCUUACUUUUGCUUGCCAUAUUGGUGGCACUUCUCCAAGCGAAAUCUUUCAAGAUGCGUACACGAUCUUCUGGUUCGCUUCGAGCCAAAAUGAUCUCAACCGGUCAGUAUCGGCAGUACCUACAAAAACAACGUAUGCGAAGACUAAACAUAUUGAAAAGAGGAUCUGAACCUUUUCUAGAUUACGCUGAUGACUUCUAUCUUGGAGAAGUCCAAGUGGGAACCCCCGGCCAAAACCUAACCCUUGUACUCGAUACGGGUUCUUCUAACCUUUGGGUAAUAGACGAUGCUUGUAGAAGCGCUGCUUGCAAUGGCAGCUACCAUCACGGCGAAUAUCACAAGCACAAAUUCAACACAUCCAGGUCGGAGACCUUCAAGAGAGAAGAGCGCACAUUUGUGAUGGAAUAUGGGUCUGGUUACUGUAAAGGAUAUUUGGCUACAGAUGUGGUCGCUUUCGCAGACUUAACCAUUCGCAAACAAGAAUUUGGAGUCGCUACGGUGAUUGCCGAUGUUUUUGGCUAUCAGCCAGUGGAUGGAAUACUCGGACUCGGCUGGCCAGACCUGGCCGUAGAAAAGGUUGUUCCGCCUAUGCAAAAUAUUCUAUCUGAACUGGACAAGCCAAUAUUUACUGUAUGGCUGGACAGAAAGAUAAUCCCCAGCCAAGGUGGCAACGGUGGUAUGAUCACAUACGGUGAUUAUGACUCCGAUGAUUGUGCUGCGGAAGUCAACUAUGUACCGCUGUCCUCACUGACCUAUUGGCAAUUCCCGAUACAAGGUUUUUCAGUGGGAAACUUCUCCCAAAGGAAAACUGAACAGGUGAUAUCAGAUACCGGAACUUCUUGGGUUGGCGCACCUUACAGAAUUGUAGAGGGGCUUGCCAAAGAGAUCAAAGCCCAGUACGACCCUGAAACAGAAAUCUAUACUGUUCCCUGCUCCACAAUGCAAACACAACCAGACUUGGUCUUCACUAUCAAUGAUAUCGAAUAUACUGUACCAUCUGUAGAGUAUAUUCUUGACCUGGAACUUGGCCAUAACAAGAAAAUGAGACUUACACUACUGCUUGUCGCUUUGGUGCUGCUUAUCGAAGCACGUUCGUUCACCAUGCGCGUGCGAUCGUCAGGUUCACUUCGAACUGAAAAGACCCUGAAUGGCCAGUACCAAGAGCAUCUAGGAAAGCAACAGUUGCGAAAUUCAAAUGUUUUGAGGAAUUAUAAUGACGAAUUUUUCGUUGGAACAAUCGAAGUAGGAUUUCCAGGCCAGGAGGUAAAAGUUUUACUCGAUACCAGCUCUGCAAAUCUUUGGGUGAUAGAUGACGCUUGCAUAAGCGAUGCUUGUAAUGAAAGUUACCAUGGAUGUUCCAAGCACAAAUUCAAAACUUCCGAAUCGAAGACGUUCAGAAAAGAAGAUCGGUCUUUCGUGAUGAGCACUUGCGAAGGAUAUUUGGCUAAAGACGUUGUUUCAUUCGCAGGUAAUAUUACUAUGCUUUUCUUUAUAAAGAGUGUCUCGAGCUGA